AAAAAAAAGCGUCUUUAAUUUCUCCACCAUUAACCUCUCUUGAUUGAAGACUUGGCAACAAUGGUUUCGUCAACAUUAGUUCUUUUGUUCGUCGCUGCCAUUUUCUGGAUAAUUUCUCAAGCCAUUGCACAGCCAGCCUUCCUAUACCAUUCCUGUUCAGACGACGACAGAGAUAGCUUCAUUUCUAACAGUACAUAUAAGGCAAAUCUCAAUCACCUCCUCCACUCCAUUUCUAACAGUACCAAAAUUAUCAACAACGGAUUCUACAACUCUUCUUAUGGCCAGAACAUCAACGUAGUACACGCAACUGGACUCUGUAGAGGAGAUGUUCAACUGGAUGUUUGCUGCGGUUGCCUCUACAAUGCUAGUUACCUUCUCCCUGAGCUCUGUCCCGAUCAUAAGGAGGCAAUUGGGUGGUACGACCACUGUAUGCUACGCUACUCAAAUCGCUCCAUUUUGGGCGUCAUAGAAACCAGCCCCAAUUCCACCAUGUGGGACAUCAAUAACGUAUCGGCUAACUAUGCGGAUCAGUUCUUUGACGUUGCUAGGAACUUGCUGGAAAGGCUAAGAAGUCGAGCUGCCGCAAGCAAUUCUCUUCGUAAGUUCGCAGCAGGGAAUGCAGCCGUAUCAAACUUCAAAACAAUAUAUGCACUCGUGCAAUGCACGCCUGACUUAUCUGAACAAGAAUGCAACGAUUGCUUGCUUGGGGCAUCUGAAGGUAUUCCACGAUGUUGUGAUGGGAAGGAAGGUGGGAGAAUCGCUAGACCCAGCUGUGAUAUCAGGUUUGAGGUCUACCCCUUCUAUUACUGUACAACUAACUCGCCACCCUGUACUCAUUCGCCAAUCCCAGCUGAUCGUCACAGGCCGCCUAUUAGAAAAGGGAACCGGAACUUUAUUGUAGUUUUGGCAUCUAUUACUUUUCUGGGACUAAUCUCGUCCAUCACGGGCAUCUAUAUAAGGGCGAAGCGGGGAAGGAAGAAAGUUGAAAUUCUUUGUAAAAGUGUAGAUGCGAUAAUUGGAUCCACACUAUUCGACUUUGACAAUAUUAAAGUUGCGACGAACAACUUUUCCGAAGCAAAUAAACUUCGAGAAACUGAAUUUGGUACUGUUUACAAGGGUACGUUCUCCAAUAAAGUCAUUGCUGUAAAAAGGCUGUCAACGGGUUUUGGACAAGAAGGUGUAGAAUUUGAGGAUAGGGUCCUUUCGCUGACUAAACUUCAACAUCCUAAUAUUGUUGAGCUCCUAGGCUGUUCCGUUGAAGGAAAUGAAAGACUUCUAAUAUAUGAUUUUGUUCCAAAUACAAGCCUUGAUCACUACCUGUCUGAUCCGCUCAAGCUUGCAACUUUGGAUUGGGAAAUGCGCUACAAAAUCAUAAGAGGCAUUGCACAAGGGGUUCUUUACCUUCAUGAAAAAUCUAAACUAUGUUUUAAUCAUGGUCUUGAAGCUAGUAACAUAUUUGUGGACGAAGAAAUGAAUCCAAAGAUUUUAGAAUUUGGCUUGAAAAGCUUGCUUUCAUCGGAUCAAAUUCCCGAGAAUACAAGUAGAAUUGAGGGGAUCGAAGAAGCUCCGGAUGUAAUGCACCUGCUGUUCGCAACGAAGUCCGAUGUCUUUAACUUUGGUGUAUUAGUGUUGGAGAUAGUGAGCGGACAGAAGAAUAAUUGCUUUCGAGAUGAGGAGAAUGCGGACACUCUUUUGAGCUAUGCUCGGAGAAACUUCAGCGACGGAACUGCUCAAAAUAUUAUAGAUCCCAUAAUAUUGAUGCCAGAUGGUGAAAUAUUAAUAAACUGCAUCCGCACUGCCUUACUCUGUGCUGAAGCAAAUGAAGCUGAUAGACCAACCAUGGCUUCAGUUGUUACCAUGCUCGACGGUACUGACAGACAUGGAAGCAUGGAAACCGAAAUGCCAUCAUUUGAGCAUGAUCAUAGAGUUUUGGGUAGGAGAACUAUCCUUCAGAGGGUUCGGAGAUUGUUUGGGACGAAAAAAGUUGGCUUUCGCGUCCUAGAAUCAUAGUAGACAACGCUGAUUUGAGCCACCAUAUUAGAUGAGGCUGUAAUUAAAUUAGAAUUAUGGAUGAAUGUAAGUUUAAAUAGGACUCGAGGAGUGCAUCUGAUUAAGAUAAGUGUUUGAAUGUAACUCUUAUCAAAACUUGUUUAUAUUAUAAGAUAAGAGUCUAUAAGAGUUCUAUGUAUAUGUCGAGUCUAAGAGUCAAUUGAAUAGAUAAAGAUGCAAGCUUUAUUGAAGAAAGAGUUAAUCUUAACACCGGUCGAAUUGUUUUCCACCAUCAACAGCCAUGUAAUGGGUGACUUCCACGUAGACAACUCACCAACACUGCCAUGUGCCCCAACCCCACGGUAUUAUGCACAAUUUCCCUCUUUUCAUUCUCUCCCCACGGACUCAGCCCAAAAUCGAUUCCAUUCUCUCCCACAGAAUCGUCUCCGCCACGACGACCACCUUCACCGACACGACAACGGCCCCUCUCUCCGUCGUCGCAUGAGGAAGUCGAUCCCCCUCUCUCUAUUCUCUGCCACGACAACCGCCCCUCUCUCCGUCAUUGCACGAGGUACUCGAGCCCCCUCUCUCCAUCGUCGCACGAGGAACGCAACCUCUCUCCAUUCUCUCCCUUGGAACCCAGACCACGACCCUCUCCAUUUUAGGAUUUUUUCGUGUAUGACCAUUGGUCAUGUUCUUCAGGUUUUAAUGAUAAUUGAUUUUGGCUCAUAUUUUGUUUUCUAGCCCGUGACUUGCAUUUUGGAAAUCAG